AUGGAUCCCAACAACACGGUUGUCAAUUUAUCCUCAGUCUCUUUAUCUGAGGACGAAACUAAAGUCUUGUCCAAGGGAUUGAAUUUUUGCCCUACUCCCAAUAACAUAGAUGAUAUGAAAUUGGGAGAUGACCUUGAUAACUUUGCUAGAACCCUCAGAAUCAAAGAAUAUUUUGGUAACAAGGAUAAAGAGGUGGAUAAUGAGGAGGACACAGACACGUCUGACUUGGAGGAAGAAAUCAUAAUUCCGCAUUUUAAAAAGAAGAGUUCAUGGAUUCCAAAACCUAGUAAAUCUGCUACACUGGAAGAUGUUAUCGACAAAAUCAAAUCGGAUGUUGUUCAUCUAGCUAGCAACAAGUACUCGUCAUUUUACAACACCUCUCCUGACGAGAAAAAAGCCAUACAAUCGCUUAGAAACCGAGAUGAUAUUGUGAUAAAACCAGCAGACAAGGGCAGUGCCGUUGUGAUAAUGGACAAAGCUAACUACAUCGCGGAAGCAGUGCGUCAGCUCUCUGAUGAGAGAUUUUAUAAGAAGCUAGACUAUGACCCUACUUCCGAGUUUAGCUCCAAAAUUAUCACUGCGUUCCAAACCAUGUACAAUGACGGUCACAUAGAUGAGGAUACAAUUGGUUAUUUAAAGCCAGAGAAUGCCAAGCCUGGUCGAUUGUAUCUUCUUCCCAAAAUACACAAGGUCAACAACCCUGGUAGACCCAUUGUAUCCGCAAACGGCCAUCCGACUGAGAAAAUCUCGGAAUUCGUCGAUUUUCAUUUAAGAUCUCAUGUAGAAAAUCUUCCUUCCCACAUUCAAGACACUACAGAUUAUCUUCGUAAAAUGGAAUCCAUGAACCCUCUUCCUCCGGAAACCCUCCUUGUCACUUUAGAUGUCACCUCAUUGUAUACCAACAUACCUCAUGAUGACGACAUACAAUCUUGUAGGGAAAUAUGGGACUCGCGCAACAUUUUAGAACCACCUACUGAAUGUUUAGUCCAGCUGCUUACUCUGGUCCUGAAAUGCAACAAUUUCACCUUUAAUGGUGAGCAUUACCUUCAAAUUUAA